UUGGGAUUUGGUCACUCUCCGUCACUACCUCUUCGCCUCUAACCACCGCGUUUUGGUCUCUCCGCCAUCCACUUCCCCCGUCCUCUGGCCCGAAGCCCUCAAUUCUUCGACCUGCCCCGAGACUACUGCACCCUACCCGGCCCAACCACUACACCUGCACGUUUUCCCUUCGGAAACCCCCAAGGUGUAGAUAACUGCGAUACUUAAUUGAGAACACCGGUUGCCCCCGACGAAAAUAAUCGCACGCGACGUGAGAAGUCGUUCAGAUCUAGUCAAAAGAAGCAAAAAUGUCUGCAUCUCCACAGCCGACACACUCGGCGAAGCGGCCCCUCGAGGAUACCUCGUCUCCGUCAGUCGCCGAUCAGCCCGAAGCCAAGCGUCCGGCUCUCGACAAGGCGACCAAGGACGAGGAAGAGGUUAAAGAGCCGAUUUCCGGCAGCAACGGCGAGGCCGCCCCUGCUCCUCCGGCCCCGGCCACCGAAGCAGAUGGCCCUUCCAAGACAAAUGGGGAGAAAUCGGAAGCCAAGGAUGCCCAGGGCGAUACUGUCGUCCCGGAUGCUCCCGAGACGAAGCCCAUCACCAGCACCGCUAGUGGCAAUGCCGCCCAAGGCCAGUCCGGCCCGCCGCCGGGCGCCCACGACGAGACCUCGUGGAUCCACGUCCGCGCCGUGAUUUCGAGCCCGGAGGCUGCGACCAUCAUUGGCAAGGGCGGCGAGAACGUUUCCAAGAUUAGACAAAUGUCCGGUGCCAAAUGCACCGUCAGUGACUACCAGAAGGGCGCAGUGGAGCGCAUCCUUACCGUGAGCGGCAUCGUCGAUGCUGUCGCAAAGGCAUUCGGCCUGAUCAUCCGGACGCUCAACAAUGAGCCCCUGAAUGAGCCCUCGAGCCAGCACUCGAAGACGUACCCUCUCCGGCUGCUGAUCCCACACAUCCUGAUCGGGUCCAUCAUUGGCAAGGGUGGCGCCCGCAUCAAAGAGAUCCAGGAAGCGUCUGGUGCCCGCCUGAACGCGUCGGACUCGUGCCUCCCUCUGUCCACGGAGCGCUCGCUGGUCGUCAUGGGGGUGGCUGAUGCUGUCCAUAUUGCAACCUACUAUGUCGGCAGUACACUCCUUGAGCAGCUCAAUGAGCGGUUCGGUGGAGCUGCGGCCUCUGCCUACGCCACCCGCAGCGGCGGCCCGGCCGGCGCCGUCCCCGGCGGCAUGCAGGUCAUCCCGUACAACCCGCAACCGGCCGGCGGCAACUAUGGCAAUCGUGACAACUAUUACCGCGCCCGCGCGGAUCCCAGAGCCCACCACAUGCCCCCGCAGGCGUAUCCGCCGCCUUAUGGUCAUCCCCAUCCGGCUCACCCGGGCCCGGCGGUUCCCAUGCCGUAUGGCGCCCACCCUGCUGCCGCUUAUGGGGCCGGCCCGCACGUGCAGCCUCACCCUGUCGGCCAUGCCGGUCCUCAUGUUGCCACCGGUCCGCACGGACAGCCCAUGCCCGGCGCCGCUCACGUACCCGGCGCGCCACUCACCCAGCAGAUCUACAUCCCCAAUGAUAUGGUUGGGGCCAUCAUUGGGAAGGGCGGCCAGAAGAUCAACGAGAUCCGUCAGAUCAGUGGCAGCGUGAUUAAGAUUAAUGAACCACAGGACAACAGCAACGAGCGUCUCGUUACAAUCACUGGCACCGAAGAGUGCAACCGGAUGGCGCUUUACAUGCUCUAUUCUCGGCUCGAAAGCGAGAAGCACCGAAUCUAGUCGACUUGUGACGGACUCGAGUCCUCGCCACCUUAUUCUUGUAUCUCGGUGUUUCGGCGGCGUUUAGGGUAGUUCUAGGGUUCAGAGGCAGAAAAGCUUCUUAGUAUUUCUGUUCUUACUAUCUACUGAAAUCAAGGUGAUGGAGGUGUUUUCCCGAAAUCCUCAUAGAGUAACGUCGGCGAGAAGUCGAAUGGGUCACUCUUGUUUCUUUACCUACCCCCUGUUCAUGUCAUGUACCAUGGUCUCCCUGCCCUGUGAUUGCUCUCUCCCGCUGCACUGCACCAUUUGAGUCCGACAAAGAACCUAAAUCCCGUUUUCUGCUCGCCUGCCCUGGCAUUGUAUCAUUUGUCCCUCCCUUCCACCCGCGCCCUCAGUCAAGGAAUACAACUCGGCACUCGAGGUCAU